AUGGGAACUCUGGAAACUGAGCCAGGAUAUCAGUUACUCAAGCUUGCAACAGUGAAAGUAGGGCUGGUCAUCGCUAUCCUCGUGAAAGAAAACCGCACGAUAGUACGCCGAAUCCAGUUCGCGCCACUGAAGAAAUCAAAAGCCGAGCAAUCGGAAAUACGAACAUUCCCGCAUGCCUGCUCUCUGUGCUCAAUCCGAGCAAGUGACCGCCGUAUUGCUUUCUUGUUUGGGGUUGGCCUGGGAGGCCUGGGGAACGUUGCGUUCUGCAGGUUCAACGAAUCUUUUACAAGUGUCGAGGCAACGUUAAGCGUCAAUAUGGAUGCUUCGUUUGGUUUGGGUAGUCCUCUGGUCGAUAUUUUACUGACCGAGCGUUCGCUGUGUGCUGUCGACGGAAACGGAUUCUUCCAGUCCUUUGACGUACGAACUCGCCGAACCUCGAAGAAAUGGGUUGGCGGUCUUCUGGCUUUGGCGGAUGAGCUCGUGGUAGGUCGAACCCGAAUGGACGAAAGCAAGCACUUGGUCUUGAGCUGCAUCUCCAGUGAAGAUCAUCGGGCACUACCCACCGCAGCUCUCGGAAAGACUAUUCCACUGGCGAAGCUUGACGUUGGUAGCACGGAUGACGUCCUGUACGUGGUUGACACUAGCAGUGGCACAGUUUACGCAUCUGAGCUAAGUGUUACUGUGCGAAGUGAUGCCUACCGCAUCCAGCGAUCUGGAAAUGGUGCAAAAAGCUGCCGCUUACAAGCCGAUGAAAAAGGAAAAGAAGUUGCAACUGAGCAUUGGUUGCGUGUAUUUUACCACGUCUUUGAGAAAUUUCCUGUACAAAGUCUCAUCGAUAUGUCCGUGAGUCCGGAUGUCUUGUUCUCUCUCGAGCUGGAGAUUGCUGUUCCAGGCGGUACUACGGAUGAAGCAGAUGCUGAUGCUGCGGUAUGUAUGGCGUAUUUCAACAGACUGAUGGCAGAUUUGCGUCGGCUUAACAAGCCCCUGUCCGGACUGAACCUGGCGAAGAAGCUGAAGUUCCGAUCCUCUUGCAACUCCACCGCUCUGAAGAAGACAUCGCUUCGUCGUGUUCUGGUGACGAUUGUUUCGUUUGUCCCAGUCCAGAUAUGCCGAGCUGAAGCCAAUAUGCUAAAGCUGCUCCACGACGGCGAAGAUAACACUAGCACGGGUACAGAUGCGUCGGAGAUUGCACAGUCGAUACGCUUCGGUCUACUUUCUCCACUUCUGGAGUCGUGGAAUGGUCGAUGUAUCGUGGUUACCUCGAUGGGGAAGCAGUCUACAGGUAAGAGCUACUUCUUGAACCAUCUCGCUGGAACUUCCUUUGCGAUCUCGGGCUCUCGGUGUACGGACGGAGCUUGGAUGUCUCUGCGAUUUGUGUCUGAUGUGCUGCUGGUAGUCCUGGACUUUGAGGGGCUGGGAACGUUCGAGCGAUCGGAGCAAGAAGACAUCUUCUUGUCGGUUCUGAAUGCGUCCGUGUCGCUGUUCACGGUGUUUCGAAUGGAGAGCCGAUUUGACAAGGAUAUUGACGGUUUGUUCUCCCGCUUCCAGAAAGGAGUCCAGCUCAUCAAGAACGAUUCUCGUCUCUUCCGUGGACUCUUGUACAUGAGUGUUAAGGACGUCAACAUGAACGAUCGACAGGGUGUCGUUGACGAGCUGGUAGCAAAGCUGGACACGAUUUUUGAGGCUAAUCGAGACCAAAACUUUCUCACGGAAAUGUAUGCUGGCCAGUUAGAGAUCAACUGCACGCCACCGUUUGGUACGAUGGACUACUACAACUGUAUGGAGAACGACGCUGCGAGUGCGUUAAUGAAGGUUGUAUCGGGGUCAUCCAUGGGGUUUGUGACGGGUAAAGCUUUCCUGGAUUGUCUGCGAAUUGUGCUGGCAAAAAUCUCGAUUUUAGACUGGACCAGCAUGGACAAGAGCACGCAACUUUUCGUUGUCGUAGACGCGAAGCAGAAACUUCCUGGUGUCCUUCGUACAGGUUGCCACGUUCCGUUGCUGUUGGUGAAAGAUAAAGUCAUCUUACCGCAUCUGAAAGAAGACGUCUUGAAAGUUGGUUCUCAAGAAAGACUCGAGGUUUCGCUGGGAGAAAUGUGCAAAGCGUUUCCUGGUUUCGAAAGCAAGUGGGUGGCUCUGAACGAUAUCAUUAGACUGGAUACCGUCACAGACGAGAAGCUCGACAUGGGGUUUGAUGCGAGUUCGCUCUCGAGCAAGGACGUCCAGACAGUGGGGACGACGAUUAAUAGGCUCUUCGAGUACUUUCUGACGCUGCGUGGCAAAACGUGUGAAGGUUCAAGACUUACAACGGAAGAUCAGAGCGAUUUCGACGCCUUUGCGGCGUUUGUAUUGCGCCGUCGAAAACUGAAGGUGUCGCGUUGGCUUCACGGCUCCCUUGGUGACCACUUGUCGGAGGUUCGUACACAGCUAGAGCAACGCCAUGUGGAUCCAGUUAUCAUUUACAUGUCGCGAUGCCAGCAAAAGUGUGCACAGUGUCAGCUUGGCUGCAUGCGAUCUGUGACGCACUCGUCCGAGAUGGAGCACAGCUGCUGCACAGACCACCAGUGUCGAGGGGAAUGUGAAUAUGACGAGUGCCGAGUGGAAUCGAAAGCGGUUCAAGUUCCUCCCUGCUCUCGCAGUGCUGGCCAUGAAGGGAAAUGCGAGUGCGAGAAAGGAGAUCACACUUGUGGCCAACCUUGUGUCCUAACUCGAGCCUCCAAUUGCGACAAAAUCUGCUCCAAACUGGCGGACCAUAGCGGGGACCAUUGCUGCUCCGUACUGGUGCAUAUGUGUGGUGCUACAUGCUCCGCAACGGACUGCAGUGCUACGUGCUUACUUGAUAUCCAGCGAGAACACUCCGUUCACAAGUGUGCGGAAGUGCAGUGCAUCCAUCCAUGUAUUAUGAGGGAGUGCAAAUGCAGUUGCGGAGAGAAAAACCAUUUCCACGGACAGGCUGCGGAAUCUCGCGCUUUUGCGAUCGAAAGUGGAGUGAGUGAAGUUGCCGUGGAUUAUGCUGCAGCUACGCACAUGUGUACUGGGAGUCACGCUUGCGGAGAAAUGUGCACUGUGGAUGGUAUUUGCGAACAAAAAGUUCACCUGAAGAAGUCAGCUCGGACUUAUCCUGGCAAACGAGGCUCAUUCGAGUACAUUUACCAAGAGAUGAAUGGCUGCAAGAAGCACUGCACGCUUGUGGUACCUAGUGGUGAGAUGAAUCAUAACGGAGUCGACCAUUCUUGUCUCGCCCAAUCCACUGGAGAAGGCGACCAGAACACGGUCCACUAUUGCGAUGUGAGGUGUCCAUCUUGCAGCUACUACUGCAACAAGCACUUUGGUCACAUGGGGCUACACGCCACCUCUCACGGCAACAUGCGGCAGACGUACUUCAUGGCGAAGGGUAAAGACAUCGAUAUUGAGGAUCGAAAGUACCAAGUGGGCGAGCGAGGUAUUGCCGAAAUGUGCAACCUGUUUUGCGCCAAGAUGGGGCGUGGCCAUCCUCACUACUAUCCCUGUGAGAGCAAGGGAGACGAAAAAUGCGUCUACACUUCGGGUGCCAAUAAGGAUCGUCGGCGUCACUGCAUGGACGAGCUGUUCCCCCCGCCAGAUCGAGAAAUGGACGAGCUGCUGCACGCUCAAUUCUGGACAACGAUCGGUUGGGAAGAUCCCUGCAGUGAAGAAGAGCGUGCAGUGUUUUCAAAGUGCUCGUUCCAGUGCAAUGCGCCAGAGCACGAAAACGCCGGAGAGGAAGCUUCCUAUUGUGUCCUGGAUGCUUGGCACCUACCGGAACUCAAACCUGACGGAGCUGACGAUGGGUUUGCUUACGUGGAUGGCCACAAGUUUGAGUGCGUGCACGCUGCAGAUACAGGAAAGUAUCACAAUGUCUUCGUUCUGGACAACUCCGGGUCGAUGAGUGGCCAGCCGUGGAAGGAUUUGCUGUGCGCAUGCGACGAGUUUGGCAUCAGUCGGCUGAAAGACGGAGGAGAAAAGGAUCUGGUUUCCUACGUGACGUUUGACCAUGAAGGACGCAUCUUUUGUGAGGGUGUGCCUCUGCCUGAAGCCUUGGAGAUGUCGGUGCCAUUUGGUGGGGGAGGCACCAGUUAUGGUAAAGGCUUGAGAGCUGCGAAUGAGGUUCUAUCUCGCAACGACUUUGAGGAGUUUAAGGUGGUGCUGAUCUUCUUCUCGGACGGUCAACCAUGUGACAUCGAAAUGGGCGUCGCACUUGCUCGUCAUAUUCGCUUAAGCUACGCCAAGUACGACUUGAAGGCUUUUGCUGUUGGCUUUGGAUGCAUUAAUCUGCCGGUACUGCAGCGGGUUGCGAGUGAAAUGGGAGGUAGAUACCGACAGGUGCUGGAUGCAAACGCACUGAGAACGGAGUUUCAGCGGAUCGCUGCUGUGCUGUGCAAUAGCGAGGCGAGUCUCGCGUUGAUGGAGACGAGCGAGGACGCUUCGUAG